AUAUCUUCGCGGUGGUGUAAUAUCAUCGGAAGAAAGUGAAUUCAUCGAAAAAUUUUCUGGAGAAAUCGAAAUUCCUAGUACAAUUACUCACUGGUUAUGGGGUGGUCACGUAACUUCAAAUAAACAUCCAAGAUUCAAACUUAAAUUUUUAGAUCCCAGAGUUAUUGAACAAUCUGAACAAAACAAACCAAGUGGGAAAAGAGAAUACGACGAACCAAAAGAGGUAUCAAGGACUUUACAAGCUUUAGCAUUAGAAGGCUUAGAUGACAUUAAAGGUUGA